CAUGCCAAUAAGUGUUGUUCUAGAAGUUUUGCUGCAUGCGGCAUGCAUCUAGUUGACAUUGGAAGGCAACAACUUGUGAAGCUAAAUUAUUUUUCUAUGUUCUGAACGAUUGCAAAACUAUUAAAGCUUACAAAAUAAUAAUAGUAAUGGAUUUUAAGGAAGGAUUAGAGCCUGUGAGUCCCAAUGGACAAUACUUCAAUAGCUCUGUGCUAUCGAUGUCCGUUAUAGUUGUUCUGGAAUUUGAGGUUCCAAUCAACGACCUGCCACUCAUGUCAUUGCUCAACGUCAACGGUGCGUGGCUUCCCAUCAAUCCACGUUUCUCCUUUGUUAUGCUGUUGAUCUCUCUCAAACAGGUUAGGGGUACAAAAGGUGAGAAACAAUGGAAAAGGGUUGAAGUGGAGGUCCAAGACCACAUUAAGACUCCCAUUUUCCCUACUGGAUUGUCACCCGAAUCAUACGACGAAUAUCUUGAUGACUACAUCACAAACAUAGCAAUGGACCAGUUCCCACAAAACAAACCACUACGGGAAAUUCAUUAUAUUCAGUGUCCAACAAGCAAAGCAGCUAGUAAUCUCAUAUUCAAGUUUCACCAUGCACUUGGUGAUGGCUACUCUCUCACGGGUCUACUUCUUUCUUGUCUACAAAGAGAUGACAAUCCUUCUCUUCCCCUAACGUUUGCUUCACGCCAACGCUUAGGAAAAGAAAGUCAUGACCAAAGAAGUAUUUAUAGGAUGGUGCCUCAAUUUCUUUCCUCCAUCUUCAACACCAUAUAUGAUCAUAUAUGGUUAAAAUGUCGCAUGCCUUGGGCUAUUGGUGAUUUUGAGGGGAGAUACAUUUCAUUGCAAGCUUGGUAUCCAUGUAAAUUUCAGAAUUUUGGAUGGAGCGUGUUAAAGAGUAAUUUUGUUGAAGAUGAUCAGUCACCGAUAAGGUCUGGGGGUGAAGGAGUGGAGUUUCGACCAAUGACAAUAUCAACUGUGACAUUCUCUCUUGAUCAUAUCAAAUUUAUCAAGUCCAGACCUGGAGUGACCAUAAACGAUGUAAUUACUGGUAUAAUCUUCUAUGGCACCCGACUGUACAUGCAAGAGAUAAGCCAUAACUCAAGCAAAGCACAAUCCAUAGCAGUUGUGUUGCUCAGUACAAGGACAGUUAGUGGCUACAAGUCAGUCCAGGAGAUGGUCAAACCUGGCUCAGAUGCGCCAUGGGGGAACAAAUUCAGCUUCUUGCAUAUACCAAUACCAAAGUUUACCGAUCUUAAAUCCUUGAAUCCAACUGAGUUUGUGUUGAGAGCACACAACAUGAUCAAGAAGAAGAAAAGUUCUUCAGCUAUAUCUUCACAGCUGGUAGCCUGUAAAUGAUUUUGGAUAAA